UGACGGAUUUUGUUUUAUCAAAGAUGGCGGCGCCCAUUGAAGUGUCGUGAGACCUAGUUUGUCUCAUAAUAUCAGCUUACUUCUCUGUUGUCAUUCAGAGAAAAGUAAGAAAUGCAACAGGAAAAAUAUAAUUUUACUUAGAUAUCAAUGUUCGAAUUUUAAGGUACAGCGUUUAACAUUGGUACACUCAUGAGCAAAUCAGGUUUAAAUAACUGCGUUGUACUUUGUAAGACACAGAGUAUCUUGUGAUCAUCUGUAUUGUUUGUCUGACAGCUUGUCUAUGAAAUUGAGCAGCUGAUUAAACAGCUAAGUAUAUGUUCGUGUCUUAAUAUAUUUGAUUGCCAGAAUGACUUUGGUGCGAAACACGCUUACUUGCCUUGGUGUGUUAAAUAGAGGUCACAGAAAUAUUAGCCUUUUUUCAAACUCUUCGCCUUCUAACUGGAGUAAAGUUGUUUCCGAUGCUGAAAAGAUAGUAGGGUAUCCAACCUCUUUCAUGAGCCUUCGCUGUCUAUUAAGUGAUGAACUCAGCAACGUGGCAAUGCAAGUCAGGAAACUGGUCGGAACAAAACACCCUUUACUCAACACUGCAAGGGGGUUUGUCUAUGACAGCAGGAACAACCUUCAGAUGAGAGGCUUGGUGGUGCUUCUGAUCUCUAAAGCUGCUGGCCCUAGCACUGCCACCACAGACCUUCUACAGCAGGACAUGGUCAGUGGAAUCUACCCCAGCCAGCGGAACCUUGCUGAGAUAACUGAGCUCAUCCACACUGCGUUCCUGGUGCAUCGUGGGAUAGUGAACCUGAAAGACUGGAUCAAUUCUGAUGGCCCUCUGAAGGACAUGGAGUUUGGAAACAAAAUGGCAGUGUUAAGUGGGGAUUUCCUUUUAGCCAAUGCCUGUACUGGUCUGGCUCAACUGAAUAACACAAAGGUAGUUGAACUCGUCUCCAGUGCCAUCGGUGACUUGGUGCAAGGCAUUUAUUAUGAGAACACCAGUGCGGCUAAGGAGGAGCAAGUGACAGAAGACAUCACUGUUGCUUCGUGGGAGGAGCAGACCUUUCUAUCCCAUGGUGCUUUGCUGGCAAAGAGCUGUCAGGCAGCUAUGGAGCUGGCUAAGCAUGACGAAGAGUCUCAGGCACUGGCAUUCCAGUAUGGCAAGCACAUGGCCCUUGGACACAAGAUUAAUUCAGACCUGCUGCCAUUUGUAAAGGGGAGUACGGGGGAACUUGGGACCUUCAGCUUGAACUCUGCUCCUGUUGUGUUCCAUCAGGAGCUUGUUGGCAGAGAGGGCUGGAUGCACCAGCUCCAGCAGGCCAGACCCCAGGGACGACCACUGGACUACCCAAAGUUGUGGGGAGCAAUCAAGGCUGGCCAAGGUGUGAACGCAGUUAUCGACCUGUGCUGUUACCAUGGAAACAAGGCACUUGAGGCCAUAAAGUGCUUCCCUCCCUCUGAGGCCAGAUCAGCUUUGGAAAACAUUGCCUGUGCUGUCACCAGAUUUUGAUGGAGGCAGGGGAGACCUCCACCUCUAUAAAAAUGCAGAGGAUGUAUACUGUGUAUAUGUGUUUUCCAGUGGACCUUUAAAAUAAAUACAAAAUGUUUAUAUAAAUAAA